GCCUGGAACGCAAAGUUAUUAUAGUGUUUUUUCAUGUAAAAAUAAUGGUAUUAAUCCCAAAAAUGGGCCAAAUCACUACCUUAAAGUCCUAAAGAUUCCUAAAUUACCCCGCGAUUGGCAAACCUCGUGUAAGUACAACUUGUUGCUAACACUAAACAAGAAAUUAUAUUAAUCCCAUAAGUCAUAAGAGAGGCAAAAGAAAAAGUGUUACAAAAAUGAGUCCUGAGGCAGUAACACUGCUGCUGGCAAAUAUAGCAGGUAUACUAGAGAGAGCAGAUGAGUCAUUACUCCCAGGUGUAUACAAAGAAGUCGGAGCUGCCCUGAAUAUUGAUCCUACCGGUCUUGGCUCCCUCACACUCUUCAGAUGCAUAGUUCAGUCUUCUUGUUAUCCUCUUGCUGCUUACCUUGCUACACGCCAUGAUCGAACCUUUGUCAUUGCUCUCGGUGCAUAUCUUUGGGCUGCUGCCACCUUUCUUGUCGCCUUCUCCUCCACCUUCUUCCAGGUGGCGGUAUCAAGAGCACUAAAUGGUAUAGGACUAGCCAUUGUAAUACCUGCAAUUCAGUCACUUGUUGCAGACUCUACAGAAGAGAGCAGCCGUGGUAUGGCAUUUGGAUGGUUGCAGCUAACAGGAAACAUGGGAGCCAUCCUAGGAAGUGUUUUCUCUGUCAUAAUAGCCUCUACAUCUUACAUGGGAAUUCCGGGGUGGAGGUUAGCCUUCCAUUUAGUCGGGAUCAUAAGCGUUGCAGUUGGCAUAUUAGUCCAAGUUUUUGCCACUGAUCCGCGCUUUGCAAAUAAAACUAGAAGUGACAGUACUUCAGACAUGUCCUUCUCCUCAGAACUUAAGAAGGUACUGUUGGAAGCAAAAUCUGUUAUCCGAAUUCCAUCUUUUCAGAUAAUUGUAGCUCAGGGUGUUGCUGGAACGUUUCCUUGGUCAGGGCUAUUCUCAUUCGCUCCCAUGUGGUUAGAACUCAUUGGCUUCUCCCAUGAAACAACCGCGUUCCUCAUAACAAUGUAUGUGAUUGGUAAUUCUCUUGGAGGUUUAUUUGGUGGCAAAAUGGGAGAUAUCUUAUCUAACAGACUGCCAAACUCUGGGAGAAUUAUUCUGUCUCAGAUAAGUUCAGGGUCUGCAAUUCCUUUGGCAGCAAUUUUGUUCUUAGGACUACCAGAUGAUCCUGCAAGCUCUUUUAAGCAUAGUUUGGUAUUGUUCAUCAUGGGACUCACCACUUCAUGGAACGCGCCAGCCACAAACAAUCCAAUUUUUGCAGAAAUAGUACCUGAGAAACAUCGAACGAGCAUUUAUGCAUUGGAUUGUUCCUUUGAGUCGGUACUCAACUCGUUUGCUCCACCUCUAGUUGGUGUACUAGCUCAGCAUGUAUACGGCUACAAGCCUGUCCCAGAAGGAUCAUCAGAGUCUGCAGUGAAAGAAACUGACAGGGAGAAUGCUACCGCGCUUGCAAAAGCUCUGAACAUCAAUUUCACAAUCACAAUGACUGUUUGCUGUGCUAUCUAUUCCUUCCUUUACUGCACUUAUCCUAGAGACAGAGAACGAGCAAGGAUGCAGAGUUUAAUAGAAUCCGAAACACAACUAAUAGAUGGCAGUCAUUCUAACAAGCUUCAAUUUUCAAAACUAGAAAAGCAAGAUUAUGAUGAUGAUUCAAAGGAUGAAAAGACCCUUCUAGCAACACAGGUUUCAGGCCAAGUGUAAAUAUCUAUUACUAAGCUAUUCCGUUACACAUAAGGGUACAAUCACGACUUAUUUGAUAAGCGGUAAUAAAUAAGCCCUUGCAACAUAACUAUCGUAAUUAAUCGAGUAAAUUAAAUAAGCCUGGCUUCGUCAUAUAAUAGAUGCCGUGUGUAAAGACAAUCAUAUAUGAAGAAAAAGAAAUGUGAAAACGGUCUUCAACCUUUCUUUCUUUAUUGAUCAUGUGGUAGCUAAGCAUAUCUUUGAGUAGCUCCCUUCACUUGCUGUCA